AUGGCUAAUGCAGUACUAUUGAAUGUAUUUGUGUAAAUGAUUACACUAUUUUUCAUGUAUCUCACCUCGGAUAAUAUAUGUAAGGAAGUAUGUCUCUAAUAAAUCUUAGUGAUAAGAAUGGAUUUAGAAAACAAUGAGUCAAGAACUGUUUUGGCAGCAUUCCUAAAUCCUCUAAUGUGGAUAUCUCUAGUUCACCAAAGAAACAAACACUUCAAGAUCCCAUCGAUUUUAGGCUAUUUGAUCUUGAACAUAUUUUUCAUGAGUCAUGUUUACCUCCAAAGUGUUAUUGUUAUGCAUUAAGGACCAGUGCCAGUGUUUUUCUUUUUGUUCCUUUAUCUUGGUGAUCAAGUAUUCACCUAUUUUUAUCUCCUGCUUUAGGAUUACAUCUAUCCUGUUGGAGUAUUUGGCUUUUGUGCAGCACCCAAAGUUACUUUUACUCUUGGAUUCUACUUUUAUUAUGAUGAUUAGCUUGAUGUGAUUAUGCUAAAUUCUAUCUUGACUACAAUUAUUUGUGUAGUGUAAGGACUUGCGAUGGAAGAAUUGUUAAGAGAUUGCUAUGAUGAGAAGAUCGAUAAUUUCGGAGUUAUUGAUUACUACGUUCUCAUUUACUUAGAUAUCAAGUACAUCCUGAAAAAAGCAUACCUAAACGGCAUUGAUCAUGUUUUAGAUUUUAAAGAUUGGAUUUACAGUAAAAAGAGAGUUCAAAAGAGACUUCAGGGAAUGUCAGAAUCGGAUAAUAAAGAUAAAACUGAUUGA